CCAAAAAAAAACAAAAAAAGGGCAGAUCACAUCAACACGAUUUUCAUUCAAGCCUAUCUAACGGCUAACGUGUCUCAUAACAAAUCUGACAGGUGAAACCAAAGCAUACUCCAAGUCUAACGGGUGUCCACUGGCGGAGACAUUAUAAGACGGAAGGAUCAAAUACAAGGAAGCAGGCAGGCACGGCGUACCGGCUACAGAAGGAAGAUAAUGCCAUUGACGCAGAAUAACGGCUUUCAGAUCGACCCCAGAAGCGGCUUUUGCAGAUGUAAUUCUAUUUUCUACAGUAAACGCAAGCCUUAUCAUCUCCCACCCAAUUACUGCAUUGAUGUCACCACCUUUAUUUCGUCCCAGGCUCACCAUGGCAAGACAGCCUUCAUCGACGCCAGCACUGGCCACCAUUUCAGCUUCGUCGACCUCUGGAAAGCCGUCGAUUCCGUCGCCACCUCUCUAUUUGAGAUGGGAGUCCGCAAGGGCAACGUCAUCCUUCUUCUUUCCCCAAACUCCAUCUUCUUCCCUGUUGUUUGCCUUUCUGUUAUGUCCCUUGGCGCCGUAAUUACCACUACCAACCCUCUCAACACUCCCCGUGAAAUCGCCACGCAAAUCGCCGACUCCAAACCCUUAUUCGCUUUCACUACCUCCCAACUAGUCCCCAAACUCGUCAACUCGAACCGAAAUCUUCCCAUCAUCCUCAUAGACGACCAUGAUUCAGCCAAAGCCCAAGCCAAUAUCUUAACAACUUUAAGCGAGAUGAUGAGGAAGGAGCCUAGUAGGAGUCGAGUCAGGGAGCGAGUCAACAUGGACGACACAGCAACUCUUCUUUACUCAUCAGGUACAACCGGAGCAAGCAAGGGCGUGGUUUCCUCUCAUCGCAACCUAAUAGCGAUGGUGCAAACAAUCGUUGGACGCUUCAACGAAGACAGAGAACAUAAAUAUAUUUGCACCGUCCCAAUGUUUCACAUCUACGGUUUAGCAAUGUUCGCGACGGGAUUACUCGCGCCAGGAUCAACAAUCAUUGUGCUCCCCAAGUUCGAGAUUCACGAGAUGCUAUCGGCGAUCGAGAGGUACCGUGCCACGGAUCUCCCUCUGGUGCCACCUAUUCUAGUAGCACUUGUCAACGGCGCCGAUGAGAUGAAGUCCAAGUACGAUUUGAGUUCGCUACAAAGUGUCGUGUCAGGAGGUGCUCCUCUGAGCAAAGAGGUGAUAGAGGGGUUCGUAGAGAAAUAUCAGAAGGUGAGAAUUCUUCAGGGUUACGGAUUAACUGAGUCGACGGGUGUGGGUGCGUCAACGGAUACCCUAGAGGAAAGUAGGAGAUAUGGUACGGCAGGGCUGCUGACAUCGAGCAUGGAGGCAAAAAUCGUGGACCCGGAAAGCGGAGAAGCUCUGCCGAUGAACCAGACAGGUGAGCUUUGGCUUAGAGGUCCCACUAUCAUGAAAGGUUAUUUUUUUAAUGCUGAGGCUACAUCAACGGCUCUUGAUUCUGAGGGAUGGUUAAGAACAGGGGAUUUGUGCUACGUAGAUGAUGACGGCUUUAUUUUUGUUAUUGAUCGACUGAAGGAAUUGAUCAAAUACAAGGGAUAUCAGGUUCCUCCUGCGGAACUAGAGGCCUUGUUGCUUACUCAUUCCGAAAUUUCUGAUGCUGCUGUAAUACCGUUUCCUGACAAGGAAGCUGGACAGUUCCCCAUGGCUUAUGUUGUAAGAAAGGCCAGAAGUAGUUUAUCUGAGAGUGCUGUCAUGGAUUUCGUGGCAAGACAGGUAGCCCCUUACAAGAGAAUACAAAGAGUUGCAUUUAUUGGAGCCAUACCCAGGAAUCCAUCGGGCAAGAUUCUCAGGAAGGAUCUAAUAAAGCUUGCAACCUCUAAACUAUGAAUGUUUUGGGUUCUGGAAUAACAAAUGUAUUUAAAAAAUGACUACGAAUCAAUAAGCGUGAGUCCAGUGAUCAGCGUUACUGGAAGAGGUAGCCACGACAUUAUUACCGUGAAAUGGGCACGAUUGAAUACCCGAUUAAAAGAAAAAAGAAAAAAGAAAAAGACUGCUAGAAUGUCAAUCACCAUUUUUGAGCUAUAGUGCAGCUUCUUAGCCUUGUUUAUCAGCAUAUUUUGUCAUCCUGUUUAAAGCUAAUUUCAUUGGAAAUGGAAUUCUUGUUUGGGA